AUGUUCUCGCGGACCGCACUCUCCAGCGCCUUCCGCGCCGCCGCGCGCCCAUCGCGCAACCCGCUCACCUUCGCUCGCUUCGCACCCCUCCAGAUCCGCUUGCUCUCGCAGGAGACCCGCACCGCGAUAGACCAGGCCGUUUCCAGCGCGCCCGUCGUUCUCUUCAUGAAGGGUACCCCCGAGAUGCCGCAGUGUGGAUACUCGCGGGCCAGCAUUCAGAUUCUCGGCAUGCAGGGUGUUGACCCCAGCAAGUUCACCGCGUUCAACGUGCUGGAGGACAAUGAGCUGCGGGCAGGUAUCAAGGAGUACUCGGAGUGGCCGACCAUCCCGCAGCUCUACCUCAACAAGGAGUUUGUGGGAGGCUGUGACAUCCUGAUGUCGAUGCACCAGGACGGCUCGUUGGCCAAGCUUCUGGAGGAAAAUGGCGUGCUGGUGCCCGCCGAGGAGGAAGGCUCGCAGUAG